AUGCGGCCGGGAGGCGCGCUGCUCGCCCUGCUCGCCAGCCUCCUGCUGCUGCUGCUGCUGCGCCUGCUCUGGUGCUCGACCGACGCGCCCGCCCGCCCCAGGUUCUUGGUGGAGGAAAGCAGGGCGGCCAUCCACGGCACCCGCGCCGCGCCGAGGACGCCCGGGAGCCCGCCGACCCGGCCCCCGCGCACCACGAACAGCACAUAUCUGAACGAGAAGUUCCUCCCGCCGACAGAGAGAUGCCAAAAUCUGCAAGCCGGCUUGGAGACUUUAUCUAACAAAACGAGAAAGUAUUCAGAGGAUGACUAUCUUCAGAUUAUCACAAAUAUCCAGAGCUGUCCAUGGAAGCGACAAGCAGAAGAACAUGAAAAGUUUAGAGUGAAACUUGCUUCGUGUUGUGAUGCCGUUCAAAACUUCAUUGUUUCUCAAAAUAACACUCCCGUCGGGACUAACAUGAGUUACGAGGUGGAAAGUAAAAGCGAAAUCCAAAUCAGAGAGAACAUUUUUGAUAUGUUGCCAGUGUCUCAGCCUUUUGUGGGGUACCCCUACAAUCAGUGUGCGGUGGUUGGAAAUGGGGGGAUUCUGCAUCAGUCUCUCUGCGGAGCCGAAAUCGAUAAAUCCGACUUUGUUUUUAGGUGUAACCUCCCUCCAACCACAGGAAAUGUUACCAGUGAUGUUGGCACUAAAACCAACCUGGUGACGCUAAAUCCCAGUAUCAUAAGACUAAGAUAUGGGAACUUAAAGGAAAAGAAAGCAAUAUUUCUGGAGGACGUUGCAACCUAUGGAGAUGCAUUCGUCCUUCUGCCAGCAUUUUCCUUCAGGGCCAACACUGCGGCCUCUUUUAAGGUGUACUACACACUGAAGGAGUCUAAAGCAAGACAAAGAGUUUUAUUUUUCCAUCCCAAGUACCUGAAAAACCUUGCCCUCUUCUGGAGGACUAAAGGUGUGACCGAGUAUCGCCUGUCCUCCGGCUUGAUGAUCACAAGUGUGGCAGUUGAACUGUGCGAGAACGUGAAACUCUAUGGAUUCUGGCCCUUCUCUAAAACUGGAGAGAACACACCUGUCAGCCAUCACUACUACGAUAACAAGUUACCUAAGCGUGGUUUCCAUGAGAUGCCCAAGGAGUAUAGACAAAUUCUCCAGCUUCACGUGAAAGGAAUCCUCAGAUUACAAUUUAGCAAAUGUGAAAUAGCCUAAACCAGAUGUCUUUAAGCGGGAAUCAUGUUCACACAAUGCAGUAGGUGAGUGUCAAUGUUCCAAACACCGAAAGAGGGGGUUGUAGGGUGUCGUAGGAAGAGUCCCGAAAUUUGGUUGGAUCAAAGCUCUGGCACUAGGUUUGCAGUCUCAGCAACUCAUUUCAUUGUUCUGAUCUUCAGUUCUCUUCCUGUAAAAUGGGGACCAUGAUGUCUAACUCAUAUUAGGAGAAUCUGAUAAUCUGUGAAAACUUUCCGCAAGUAUUUAGCAUGAGGUAGGGACUCCAUGAAUAUCUCCUCGUUGAUAUUUUUAACAGCCGUUUUCACCUUCACCAGACAUAAUAAAAAGGCAGGCUGUCUUGAAGACUCUUUCUGAAGAGAACAGCUGAACUGCCAGUGUCCACUGGAAUUCUUUCUCUGGCAGGAGCCUCUAUUAUCCGUAAUAUCGUUCCCACCUUUCUUCCUGUCUUAAAGAGGGCAUAUAAGAAAACUGUGUAAUUAAACAAGAAACCCGUGGUUAUGCAGGAAUGAACACCUUACGCCUCUAAUUACAUUCACUUGUGUCUCGAGCUGUGCUGAUGUCGUGGUUGGAUUUAGGCCAAUCCUUUUCCUCCUUUAUCUACAUUUAAAAAUCACUCUUUAAUAUAUAUAUUAACUUCCUAUCUCACU